AUGAGGAUCUCCGCUCGGUUCCCCGUGCGCCUCAACGUCUUCCGCCUGUCCCCCUUUGAGCAACCGCUGGUCAUCCCGUUUCUUCCCCUCCCCGCUCUUCCCCUCCCCGCUCUUCCCCUCCCCGCUCUUCCCCUCCCCGCUCUUCCCCUCCCCGCUCUUCCCCUCCCCAUUCUUCUCCUCCCCUCCCCACUCUCCCACUCUCCCUUCUCCCCCACCCAAAACUUCAACCCGCGCGCAGACGUUUCGUCGCGCGCGCAGUCGUUCCGCGUGAGCUCGAAUCCCGCGCUGGCGGAGCUGAAGCUGGAGCACCUCAACCGCUUCUUCCGCAGCCUCACCGUGGCUUAUAACGAGUCGGAGGAGUGGUGGGAGCCCGAGCUUUCCGUCGACUGGCGAUGGGACGACCGACUCAAGCCCGUGCUGGGGCUGCGCACGGAAGGGGCCUGCAAGGCCUCGUGGGCAAUAACGGCCGUGACAGCCGUGGAAAUGGCAUACGCGAUAGUAGCUCCCGCGUAUCCCAAUCUGCCGCCCGCAGCGCGCGUGUCGGUGCAGCAGGUGGUGGACUGCGAGCCCAGCAACAGCAGCUGCAGCGGCGGCGGGUGGCCCACGUCAGCGCUGGACUACAUGGUGGACGCGACUCAGGCGAAUGGGGGCCUGGCGACUGAGGCUGCUUACCCGUACACGCAGAAGCAGGGCGUUUGCAACGCCACUAGGGCAAAGAAGCUGCUGAGAGAGAGCGCGCCCCAGGCCGUCGGGGUGAUUGGGUACGACCCGGUGGACUUCUUUGGCUGGCUGGGGCUCACGCUUGCUGUGCAGACCCAACCUACCAUUGCCUUCGUGAGAGGCAGCCAUCCCACCUUCCUAUCCUACCGCAGGGGCACGUACAACGACCGAGCGUGUGCGGAAGAGGUGGUGGAUCACAGCGUGGUGGUGAUGGGCACGUACAACGACCGAGCGUGUGCGGCAGGGGUGGUGGAUCACAGCGAGGUGGUGGUGGGGUAUGAGCUGGACGACUGUUAUCUCACUUCCAUCGCCUCUCCCCACUCUUCCACUCUCCUGCCUCCCUCUCUCUCCUGCCUCCCUCUCUCUCCUGCCUCCCUCUCUCUCCUGCCUCCCUCUCUCUCCUGA